AAAGAAGCAGAAGCAGAGCCAAGUCCCAUACCCAUAAGUCCAUAACCACACCACCUUCCCUUGGCUUCUACACGAGUACUCAUUCUGCAAGUCUUCACCGGCAUUCACUCUCACGCGGAAACUCCACCAAACUCGCCUUUAAAUCCUCUCUCUCUCUUCUCUGCUUCGUUCCAGUUCCAGUUCCGAACACUUUGGCUUUCAUAUUCUUCAAUCAGAGGAGAAAGAGAAUAUUCAGUCACACAGACACAGUCAUGCCGCAGAAGAGAUUCAUCAUUGAAGUUGAAAAAGCCAAGGAGGCGACUCCGUCGAGGGGACCUGUGUACCGCAGCCUCUUCGCCAAGGAUGGAUUCCCUUCCAUCGAAGGUCUCUAUAGCUGCUGGGAUGUUUUCCGGACUUCGGUUGACAAAUAUCCCAACAAUCCAAUGCUUGGUGUCCGCGAAAUUGUCGAUGGGAAGCAUGGCAAGUACAAGUGGCAAACUUAUAAACAAGUGUAUGACCUUGUGAUCAAAGUUGGAAAUUCCAUCCGCAGCUGUGGUUAUGGAGAAGGUGUUAAAUGCGGAAUUUAUGGUGCCAAUAGCCCAGAGUGGAUUAUGAGCAUGGAGGCCUGCAAUGCUCAUGGACUUUAUUGUGUUCCUUUGUAUGAUACCCUAGGUGCUGGGGCUGUAGAAUUUAUUAUAUCCCAUGCAGAAGUCUCAAUCGCAUUUGUUGAAGAAAAGAAGAUACCUGAGCUAUUGAAGACAUUUCCAAAUGCGGCAAAGUAUCUAAAGACACUUGUGAGUUUCGGAAAGGUUACCCCUGAACAAAAGCAAGAAGUUGAACAGUAUGGGUCGGCAAUAUAUUCAUGGGAUGAAUUUUUACAACUGGGUGACAAUCAGAGUUUUGAUCUUCCUGAGAAGAAAAGGAGUGAUAUCUGCACAAUAAUGUAUACCAGUGGAACUACUGGUGAUCCCAAGGGAGUGUUGAUAUCCAAUGAGAGUAUCAUUACCCUCCUUGCAGGGGUUAAGCGAUUUUUGGAUAGUGCCAAUGAAAAUUUGCAUGUGACGGAUGUAUACUUAUCAUACCUUCCUCUUGCACAUAUAUUUGAUAGGGUUAUUGAGGAGACAUUCAUAUGGCAUGGUGCCUCAAUAGGUUUCUGGCGUGGGGAUGUUAAAUUGUUAAUUGAAGACCUUGGGGAACUAAAACCAACUAUUUUCUGUGCUGUUCCCCGUGUGCUUGACAGAGUGUACUCAGGUUUGACACAAAAGAUUUCUUCUGGGGGCUUCCUAAAGAAGACAUUAUUCAGCUGUGCUUACUCAUAUAAGUUGAAUAACAUGAAGAAAGGGUCUAAGCACGAGGAGGCAUCUCCACUUGUUGACAGAAUCGUGUUUGAUAAGGUAAAGCAAGGUUUAGGGGGUAGGGUACGUCUUAUUUUGUCAGGAGCCGCACCUCUAGCUUCGCAUGUGGAAGCAUACUUACGGGUGGUGACCUGUGCUCAUGUCCUACAAGGAUACGGUCUGACUGAAACCUGUGCGGGAACCUUUGUUUCAUUACCAAAUGAAAUUGAAAUGCUUGGAACAGUGGGCCCUCCUGUACCAAAUGUAGAUGUGUGCCUGGAAUCUGUUCCUGAAAUGGGAUACGAUGCUCUUUCAAGCACACCAAGAGGAGAAAUUUGCGUGAAGGGAAAUACCUUGUUUUCGGGGUACCACAAACGUGAAGACCUCACAAAAGAGGUUUUGAUCGAUGGAUGGUUCCAUACAGGGGAUAUUGGAGAGUGGCAACCUAAUGGAAGCAUGAAAAUUAUUGAUCGGAAGAAGAAUAUAUUUAAGCUUUCACAAGGAGAAUACGUCGCUGUUGAAAACCUGGAGAAUAUAUAUGGUCAAGUUUCUUCUAUUGAAUCAAUAUGGGUUUAUGGAAACAGUUUCGAGUCCUUCCUUGUUGCUGUUGUUACACCCAGACAGCAAGCACUUGAACAUUGGGCAGGAGAGAAUGGUAUAUCCUUGGAUUUCGAUUCUCUCUGCAAAGAUUCUAGGGCAAAAAGUUACGUGCUUGGAGAGCUCUCAAAGAUUGCAAAGGAAAAGAAGUUGAAAGGUUUUGAGUUUAUAAGAGCAGUUCAUCUUGACCCAGUACCAUUUGACAUGGAACGUGACCUUAUCACUCCAACAUACAAGAAGAAGAGGCCUCAGCUUCUUAAAUACUAUCAGGAAAUCAUUGAUAACAUGUACAAGAGUGGAAGUAAACCCAGUGCCUGAGGAAUGCUUUGGGGUUUUGAUUCCAUGGAGAUAAUUAUUUUUCCCCAUGUGAUUGUACUUGCUUUAAUUUGUUUCGUUUUGGUGACUUUAUCUGUACAUAUGAUUAUUCAAAGAUGGCAGAUAAUAUUUUAAUGUACAAGAUACCAAAAUAUAAAAUUUAAAUUUGAACAGAUUAUUUAUGACGAA